GUUCCAGCCAAACAAAUGGAUUUCGGGGCGAGCGUUGGGCUCCGCCGCGCCGCGCCGCGCUGGGCGCUCUGUCCGCCUCAGCGGAGGGGAGCGAGCCAGGCCUCCCGCCGCCGCCGCCUCGGGCUGCUGCGGCCCCGGCCGGGGCAGGAGCACAGUUUGAACAUGAUGGAUGUCAAGUUCUUGAACUUCAUUUCCAACAAGCGUUGUCAGCAAGGUUCGGGCAUUGGAUUCAGGAAAAUGGCCUCUGGUAUGCACCUGAAGCCACAUUGGAAACCGCAGAAGGGAGAACACCCCCCGGAAGCCCGCAGGGAACUGCUGGAGACUCUUAUGAGCCCUGCAAAGGCCGGCCAGGAAGCCCCACAGAGAGCCGCCUGCCAGAAGCCAACCUUCCCUUGGCAUACACCUGCCAGCACCUCGGCCCGCCAGCCUUUGGGGAUCCUUCCCCCAAAUGUCCUGUGCAGAAUGAGUGGGCAGAGCCCUGUAGAGAACGGCCUGGAUGUCAAGACUAAGAAGAAUGCGCCAUCUACAACCAUUCAUCAGGGCGAGCCCGCCGACGGGCCACUCGAUAUCUGGGCUGUUGUGAGGCCGGGCAAUACCAAGGAGAAGAUCGCCUUCUUCGCGGCCCACCAGUGCAGCAAUCGGAUAGGAUCAAUGAAAAUCAAAAGCUCCUGGGAUAUCGAUGGGCGAGCUACUAAAAGAAGGAAAAAGUCAGGGGAGCUUAAAAAGGCCAAGAUCCAGUUAGAAAGGAUGCGGGACGUGAGCGGCAGGAGCUGCCCGCCUGAGCCUUGUGCGUGUAGCGCUGAGCUCUGCACCCUGCAACCUGGGAGUGAUGGCAGUGAGGGUGGCCAGGCCAGCAGGCCGCUCUCUGUCAUCCAGAUGGUGGCCUUGCUGGAGCAGCGGGCCAGCGCCCUGCUGGCCAGCUGUGCAAAGACCUGCAGUAGCUCCUCUGCCAUCGCCAGGCCGAAUGGCCAACCCCGCACCGGGACCCUGUCCUCAGAGCCCUGCGGGGCCCAAGGAGCUGGUGAGGAACCCGCGGGAAGGGGAAGCCCCGAGAUUGGGGAGCCACCGAGCGAACCAGUGCGUGUCCUGGACAUGGUGGCUAGGCUGGAGUCGGAGUGCCUGAAACAGCAGAGCCAGCGUGAGGCCGGCAGCCUCUCGCGCAACAACAGCUUCCGCCGGCACGUGGGCAGGGUGCUGCUAGCCACUGGUGCCCAAGCUGAGGAUACCAAGACAUGCCGUGGCAUCCCAGAGGCCCCCAGCACCCGCCUGAGUCCCGCACGCUCUGUGUCCGUGGACCACUGCUCCCCUGUGGGGGAGCGUGCAUGGGAUGGCGGCCCCCGGGGCUGCCCCCCACUGCCCGUGGGUGGCAACUUCCACCCCAGCUGCCCAGGAUUAGAGCCAGGCCAGCCAAGUACCGUGAAGAGCAGCGACAGGUAUGAUGUGGAAAUGACAGAGGAACUCCUGAGGCCUCCGUGUCCUCCUCACACCUGCCCCCAAGCCGCCGAAUCAGCCCAGGGUGCUGGCGAGUGUGGGAGUCGGGAGCUUGAGCCGCUGGGUGGCCAGAGCCCCAAGCCGCGAAAGAAAGAGUCUGUGUGCAUUCGCAUCACCGUGGCCAAGGUGGAGGCCGGCCAGCCCUCUCCGUUAGCCGCCUGCGAGGACCCUCUUCCAGGGAUGCUCUUCUUCCUGCCACCUGCUCAGCACCAGGCACCCUGUGCCCUGCCGAACGAAAGCACAAUGCAAGAGCCCUCGGCAGCCACAGAGCCUGACACCCCCACCGAGGGGCAUGCCGACCCUGACCCCGAAGGCCAGAGCACUGCCGCUGAGCCCGGCGUGUCCCUGGCCUCUCCCGCCAAGCCGCCCCUGCCCGUGCUGGAGGCCUCCGCUUGCAAGAAGCAGGUGUCCCAUGACUUUCUGGAGACGAGGUUCAAAAUCCAGCAACUUUUGGAGCCUCAGCAGUACAUGGCUUUUCUGCCCCACCACAUUAUGGUGAAAAUCUUCAGGUUACUGCCCACCAAGAGCCUCGUAGCUCUUAAGUGUACCUGCUGCUACUUCAAGUUCAUCAUCGAGUACUACAACAUCCGGCCAGCGGAUUCCCGUUGGGUCCGAGAUCCACGCUACAGGGAGGAUCCUUGCAAGCAAUGCAAGAAGAAAUAUGUGAAAGGGGACGUGUCCCUCUGCCGGUGGCACCCCAAGCCCUACUGCCAGGCCCUGCCCUAUGGGCCCGGGUACUGGAUGUGCUGCCACCGUUCUCAGAAGGCCUUCCCUGGUUGUAAGCUGGGGCUCCAUGACAAUCACUGGGUCCCUGCUUGCCACAGCUUCAACCGGGCGAUUCACAAGAAAGCCAAGGGCACCGACACCGAGGAGGACUACUGACUUGCAGCACAGGGAGGCAGCCGAAGGCCCGGCCGGGAACCACUGUGGGCCUUGCUGACCAGGUGUCACUCUGGAGAGGUCCACUGGGACCGGGACCGGGACCUCUGGCACGCAGGCAUUUUCUGAAUCUACGUACAAGUUGGACAGAAGUGGUCGUGUUGCUCCUGGGGAUGCCUCACUGUGGAGCCGGCCUGAUGCCCCGCGGCUUGAUGCACUUGGCUGUGAACUUGUCUUCCUAGCUGCUGCCCAUCCUCCAAGGAUGGGGCGGAUGCUGUCAAGGACGUUGCUGAGAAUUUGCUGCAGACUCUGCAGGCAGGCCCCUCGGAGGGGUCAGAGCAUCGGUGGCGUCCUUGAAGUCAUGGGAUGAUGUCCCCUGGGGGGCCUGCGGACCCUGGCUGGACAGUGUGCUUGCCCGGGGAGAGUCAGCACCUUACCUUUGAACCCUGUAUGCCUGGUCCGGGAGCGUGGUGUUUGCGGUGGGAGAUGGCUGUCGUGCCCUGCGGUGUUUACAGUGUAUAUAGUGGUUGUGUUUUCCUAGGGCUGUGAAAGUGCACAUUAAACCCGGGCGCCUUUCCCUUCCCCUGUAGACGAGUGCUUUGCCCUCCGUACGUGACGCGAUGAGAGCCCCGCUGUAUAUUACGGAUGCUAGCGGAACACCAUAAUCACCACAGUGGCUAGGGUAGUGUUGCGGCUCGAAUUGUGUGAUUUUUUUUUAUUGUCUCAAAUUUGUACAUUCUGUAUAAAAUAUGAAUAUUGCCUAAAUAAACUAUGAAUGUUUCCUGUGUAAUCUAUGAAUGUUUCUGGGAAGAGACUAAAUAGCUAAGGGUUACCCUAUUCAAAGGAUACCAAAUGAUGGUUUAACUGGACAACCUUCCAAUUAGCAUAGAGAACAAUCUGUUAUAUUUUAGUGAUCCACCAAGAAUGAGAGAAUUAUAUAGUCAGAUUAUAAACAUUCUUGUUUACUUUAUUCUUUGGUUGCAAUUUUUUUUUAAGCUUCAAUAAAAACAUGCAUUUUAAAUGGG